GGCCGCGCAUGCGCAGCGGGCGGCGCGGCGCUGAGGCGAGCGGCGCAUGCGCAGAGCGGCGGCGCGGGGAGGCGUGUGAGGGGAGCCAUGGCCGGGUACAGCGCGGAGGAGCGCGGCGCUCCGCACAGCGCCGGGUACCGCGUGUUCCUCAAGGACGCAGCCGGGCAGUACGUCUCCCCCUUCCACGACAUCCCCCUGCGCGACGGCGGCGGUGAGGUGAUACUGAGCCACCCCGGCUGUGGUUUCCACGCAGCUGAACACCUGGACCCACUGCCAGGCGAGGAUGCGAAGCUGUGGCUGUGGCUGCACCCCAGGACCUCAGGAGGAGCGGCUCGCCUGCCACGUGCUGUUUGCGCCCUGCCAGCGAAUGUGUUCAACAUGGUUGUGGAAAUACCUCGAUGGACAAACGCUAAAAUGGAGAUUGCGACAAAGGACCCCUUAAACCCAAUUAAGCAAGAUGUGAAGAAAGGAAAACUGCGCUACGUAGCCAACGUGUUUCCCCAUAAGGGCUACAUCUGGAAUUACGGUGCUCUCCCGCAGACUUGGGAAGACCCAGGUCACAAGGAUGAAGGUACUGGCUGCUGCGGAGAUAACGAUCCGAUCGAUGUGUGCGAAAUUGGAAGCAAGGUCUGCUCUCGAGGGGAGGUAAUCAAAGUGAAGGUGCUGGGCACGCUGGCACUGAUCGAUGAGGGCGAGACAGACUGGAAGAUAAUCGCUAUCAACGUUGAAGACCCUGAGGCAGGCAACUAUAAUGAUAUCCAUGAUGUCAGAAGGAUGAAGCCUGGGUACUUGGAAGCUACAGUCGACUGGUUCAGAAGAUACAAAGUACCCGACGGAAAGCCAGAAAACCAGUUUGCUUUUAAUGGUGAAUUUAAAGACAAGGAUUUUGCAGUGAACGUCAUCAAAAGCACUCACGAACACUGGAAAGCUUUGAUAGCUAAAAAAACUGACGGAGGAGAGAUCAACUGCACAAACCUGACGGUCUCAGACAGUCCCUUCUGCUGUAGUCAAGAGUGUGCUAAAGCUACUGUGGAUGCAGCACCACCCUGUACAGCUGCCAACCCCAUCCCACCAGAAGUGGACAAGUGGUUCUAUUACCCCAAAAACUAAGGAGCGGGGAUGGACGCUGAGCCAGCUGCCUUCCUCCAGCGGAGCCGCCCUGCCCAGUAGCCCAGAAACCUAGCUUUGGUGUCAACGAGCAGACCUUGCCUCUAAUUUAUGCCGCCUGGAACUGCCCCCAGCCCCGCUGCCCGGUGUGUCGAGCCUGGGGGCGGCUGGCAGGCUCACCUCCCCCCCCCCCCCAACCCCCCAAUUGUGCCCCCGCAGCACCCGAGGGGGGUGAGGCCGGCCCGGUACGCGUAGGGUGGGUGCUGGAAAUAAAACUACUGAACCCUC